AAUCACCAGACGCAGGACAACUCCAAGCUGGACUUGGGCAAGCGCCAGCAGCCUGAAGCCCUAAACACCACUCCAAAUCAUCACGCAUCCAAGCAGGGCCCAGCCCAUUGGCCCACCCCUGCCUCGUGCCCUGCCUGCAGGGGUCGGGGCGCGAUGUGCUGGACUGCACUUCCGUUAAUGCGGCCAUUACGGUCAUUUGACCCAAGCGCUUUCGCUAGUCCCGUCGCGCCCCAUUUAGGUGCGGGGAAGGCCGGAAGCUGGAAAGCGCACGGUGGUGCCGAUCCGGCCGUGUACUGGAGGGGCCGCAUCGCACUACGGAGCACGCGCAAUGUACUAUGACUUCAUCUUUCCUACAGAGCCCAUCUCUUCGCCGCUCCUAGUUUAAACACAGCUCAAUCACCUAACCCUAAUGUCCCGCCAAUUGUCAACAAGCCAGCCUGGGCCUUCAAGCACAUAAUACAAAUAUUGAGAUGGCUAGGACAAAACAAACGGCUCGUAGGUGGGGCGGGCCAGGCUGGCACCAGAGCCUCGCCUACGAGCAGCAUGAGCGCAGAGAGCGUCGGCGCCAGCAGGAGCAAGCUCGCGAGCCGCCCAGUAACUACUCUCAUCAUGUCGGCGAUUACGAAUGGGAGAUAAUCAACUUCGCCGCGCAGUUCAACGCCGCCGGAGAAGCAACUAUUCUCAGCUCGCAGAAGUUCAGGCUGGGCUUCUAUGACUGGCAGCUGCAAUGUUCUUCGGAUGUGGAGGGCAAGGGCAACGCAGCGCGGGACCCUGUGUUCCACCUCGAGCGCAUGAUCGUGGAGCCGCAGCAGCACCAGCAGUCCCCGACUGGCUCAGCGCCCGACCGGGUGCGGCCCCCGGCAGUCGCCUGGUACAAGCUCACAGUCCGCAACCGCACAUUUCCGACACGAAAACUUGAAAUGUUCGGAGGACACAAGUUCGGCCGCGGCAGCUCGCGCAGGCACGGCUUGGAGGGCCGCGCACCGCUGUCGCUGGCAACCAUUACAAAGCCAGGCUCGGGCUUCCUGCGGCCGGAUGACGGGGCGCUGGUGGUGCGGCUGGAGCUGUGGCUGGAGCCGCCGCCGCCGUGCGCCUACCCGGCCACCCUGCCGGAGGACCUGUGCCCGGUGCACCGCAAGGCCGCGGCCGCCGCGGACUCAUCAUCCAGCGACGAGGAGAUCGGCGAUGACAAUACAACCGAUGAUGGCGAGGACACAGCCACCUCAUCGGGGGCAUCCACGUCAUCGGCAUCAGCGGCCUCCGGGGACUCGGGCACGGGUUUGGGCGCGCGUGGCGGGUCGGGCGCGGGCACCGCGCCCUCCAGCUGCUGCUGCUGCUGCGCCAAGGCAGCCGACGUGUUUGACGAGCUGUCGUGGCUGCUACAGAACCCUGAGACCACCUCGGACGCCACCAUUACCGCAUUCAUCACCACCCGCCCGCAGCCGGGCGGCAGCGGUGAGGCAGACGCCGCAGCAGGCGCGCAAGGGCCGGGUGGUGGCUCGGUAGCGGCGGCGAUGGCGGCAGCAGGCCCAGCAGCAGCAACAGGCUCAGGCCGGCGCGGCUCAGCAGCAGCAGCUGCAGACAGUGCUGCCGGCGGGGGCGCGGCUAGCGGUAGCAGUAGCAUCAGCAAGACGGCGUCAACAGCAGGAACGGCAGCAGCAGCAAGGACAGCGGCAAGAGCAGUAGCGGCAGGAACAGGAGCGGCAGCUGGAGUGGAGGCCAGCAGCGCCGGCGUGGAGGGGUCCCGCCGCACCUUCCCCGUGCACCGCGGCAUUCUGGCCGCGCGCUGCCCCUACUUCCGCGCGCUCUUUGGCAGCGGCAUGGCCGACAGCGGCACGCGCGACCUGACCCUGCCCGACACCGACCCCGCCGCCCUGGAGGCGCUGCUGGGGUACCUGUACGGCGGCAGGCUGCAGCUGCCCUCCCGGCAGCUGGCGCGCAGCUGCCUGCAGCUGGCAGACGUGCUGCUGCUACAGCCGGCCGCCGACAUGCUGACUCGGCACCUGGUCACAACCGCCUCGCCCGACUCCUACAUGGCAGACCUGCUGCUGGCCUCGGGGCUGGGCGGCGAGGGCGGCGGCGGCGGCCAGCCGCAGCUGCUGGCGGGGCUGCUGGGUCGCUACCCGGACCUGGCGGAGGAGCUGGAGGAAGGUGAGAUGGCGGCGCUGGCGGCAGGGCAGCCGGGGCUGGAGGCGCGGCUGAAGCAGGCGCUGGCUGGCGGUGGGAGCAGCGGUGGCGAAGGGCGCAGCGGCGCCGGCGGCCGCAAGAGGCAGCUCACGGAGUGAGGCGUGGACGGGAGUCGGGGCAGGAUGGCGCGUCAGCCGGGGACGGCGGGGCAGGGCGGGUAUGGUGUGCGGAGUCAAUCAAGUGUAAGGCCGCAGGCAGGUAUGCACGGUUUCGGAUUAGGCGAAUAGUACCGCACGGUGUUGGCUGCAUGUUGUGUAGAGAUAAGCGCAUGCGCUCACUGGCUGCUGCUGGAGCCGUCGGGCACGCUCCAUGUAUGCCCUGUUAGCUACCGAAGUCGUGACAGCCAGUCAGUCACUCGGCAGUUCCAUGGCGAGGCUGUGGGACAGGCGGCCGCAUGGACAGCAGUCAGGGUCAAAUCGCAUGUGUGUAGUGGCAGCCACGGAUGGCCUUGCAGGGCGGCGUGAGGGGACGGGUGGGCCGAUAGGCCGGAUGGCUGCAUGGGAAGUGUGAUGUAACAUAUCAAGGCAAGCAGCAGGAGUGCGGCAAGCAGGAUGUGCCGGUAUGUAGCAGGACGUGAGGGCGUUGGCGGGUAGAAGUGAGCAGGCGGCAUCGCAGGUGAUGUUGAGGAUGCGGUAAAGCGUGGGCAGCGGAACAAUGUGCUGGCAUUGCAGUAGCGCUGAAGGACUGGAGUACAUAGCGGAUGUACACUGUGUACUAGUAGUAGUGGCGAAUGCGCUAUCAUGAAAUGAAGCGAAUCCCGGUAACAGGUC